GCGGAUCUUGAUGCUCAGAUAGCUGCUCACGACCUCGUUAUAUCUCUUCUCCCAUACGAGUAUCAUCCCGCUGUAAUCAAGUCGGCAGUGAAGGGAAAGAAAAAUGUUGUCACCACAAGUUAUGUCUCACCGGCGAUGCGAGAACUGGAGGCCCAAGUCAGAGAAGCAGGCAUUGUUGUAAUGAACGAGGUAGGAGUUGAUCCCGGAGUAGAUCAUCUCUAUGCCGUCAAAGCUAUUGAUCAAGUGCACGCAAAAGGUGGCAAGGUCAAAGAGUUUUAUUCGUAUUGUGGUGGUCUGCCAGCCCCUGAGUGCGCUGAUAACCCUCUUGGAUUCAAGUUUUCGUGGUCCCCGAAGGGGGCUAUCUUGUCACAGAGGAAUGCUGCCUCAUUUUUGUACAAAGGAGAGCAAGUUGAUAUCCCCUCAUCAGAGCUGAUGUCGAUUUCCAAGCCGUAUCAUGUCAUGGACGGAUACAGUUUUGUUGCAUAUCCGAAUCGCGAUUCUGUACCGUUUCGAAAGUUUUACCAGAUCCCAGAAGCUGAAACUGUCAUACGAGGUUCCCUAAGAUACAAGGGCAACCCGGAAUUUAUUCAGGCGCUCGCAGGCAUUGGAUGGCUUGACCCUGAAGAGAAGAUUUGGUUACGCGAAGACAUCACAUGGGCUGAAAUUCAGCAGCGGCUGGUCGGUUCUUCUGGCUCAGAUGAAAGCUCUCUAAUCGCUGGCAUCAAGAACCGCUACAAAUUUCCUACUGCAGAAGAAACCGAUCGAAUUAUUGCGGGGAUGCGGGAGUUUGGCCUUUUUUCGAAUACAGUACCCACUCUCGUGGCCAGCAAUGUUUUUGACACUCUUUGUCACCAGCUUGCGCGACUGCUCAGCUUUAAACCAGGAGAGCGUGAUCUUGUUAUACUCCAACACAAGUUCGUCGUUGAAUGGGCGGACGGAAAGCAGGAUACAAUGACGAGCACCCUAGAGCUGCUCGGUGACCCGAAAAAGUACUCUGCUAUGGCUUUAUCUGUAGGCGUUACUUGCGGCAUCGCGACCCAAUUUGUACUGGAUAAGCAUCCAGCUUUUUCCACACCAGGCAUCCAUGCCCCGUAUCAUAAGGAUGUCUGCGAUCCCCUUAGAGAAGUCCUGGAUCGUGAAGGAGUUGCAUUGGUAGAGAGGGUGCUGUAG